AUGAGUGCGGGACCACGAGUGAAGACUCGCAUUGUUGCCAGCCACAGGACUAUUCACCCUGUGAGGAGAUAUUCAAGGACACAUGUCACAGAGAAACCUGAUGCAAGUAAAGAAUGUGUGAAAGCAUUUUCACCAUCAAGUCAGAUCACGGCGCAGGGAAGAAGUCACAUGGGAGAGAUAAGUUUUGAACCUAAGCAAUGUGGGGAAACCUUUCCUCGGUCACAUGACCUCUCUGAACAUAGGAAAACUUACACAAGAGGAAAACAUUCUCGGUGUAAGGAAUGUGAGAAACCAGUUUCCCAAUCAAGUCACCAGACAUCUCAUAGAAAACUUCAUGGAGUAGAGACACCUCCCAUGUAUAAGGAAUGUGGGAAAACUUGUGCCGCAUCACCUGACUUCACUCCACAUCUGAGUAUUCACCCAGGAAAGAUAUCUCAUGAAUGUAAGGAAUGUGGGAAAACAUUUUCUCAAGCAAGUAAACUCAUUCGACAUAAAAAAAUUCAUAGAGGCGAGAAAACUUACGAAUGUCAGGAAUGCGGGAAAACAUUUUCAGUCUCAUGUUACCUCAUGGAACAUCGUAGAAUGCACACAGGAGAGAAACCUUAUGAAUGUAAGGAAUGUGGGAAAAGGUUUUCCCACUCAAGUUGCCUCUUGCAACAAAGAAGAAUUCAUACAGGAGAGAAACCUUAUGAAUGUAAGCAAUGUGGGAAAACGUUUUCCCACUCAAGUGGCCUCAGUCGACAUAAAAGAAUUCAUACAGGAGAGAAACCUUAUGAUUGUAAGGAAUGUGGGAAAAGGUUUUCCUCCUCGUAUGGCCUCACUCGACAUAAAAGAAUUCAUACAGGAGAGAAACCUUAUGAAUGUAAGGAAUGUGGGAAAAGGUUUUCCCAGUCAUAUAACCUCAUUCAACAUAGAAGAAUUCAUACAGGAGAGAAAGGUUACGAAUGUCAGGAAUACGGGAAAACAUCUUCAGUCUCACAUUGCCUCACGGAACAUUGUAGAAUGCACACAGGAGAGAAACGUUAUGAAUGUAAGGAAUGUGGGAAAAGGUUUUCCCGCUCAAGUUGCCUCAGUCGACAUAAAAGAAUUCAUACGGGAGAGAAACCUUAUGAAUGUAAGGAAUGUGGGAAAAGGUUUUCCUGCUCGUAUGGCCUCACUCGACAUAAAAGAAUUCAUACAGGAGAGAAACAUUAUGAAUGUAAGGAAUGUGGGAAAAGGUUUUCUCAGUCAAGUAACCUCAUUCAACAUAGAAGAAUUCAUACAGGAGAGAAAUCUAAUGAAUGUAAGGAAUGUGGGAAAACUUUUUCUCAAUCAACUAAACUCAUUUCUCAUAAAAGAAUUCGUACAGGAGAGAAACCUUGUGAAUGUAAGGAAUGUGGGAAAACGUUUUCCCGCUCAAGUUCCCUCAUUCAACAUAGAAGAAUUCAUACAGGAGAGAAACGUUACGAAUUUUCAAAACCAUCUCAGGAAUAUGUUUGCAGCCUUGGACUUCAAGAGUAUAGAGGAGAUGAGCUGUGGGAGGAUAUCAUGAACAUCAUGGAUGAUGAAUGCAGAAGAAACCGGAAGUGUGCCUCCCCACCACGUGGUACAGAUUAA